AGUUCUUUCGAGCUCCAAGUCCCUUUUAUAUAAAAUUAAGCUUUUUAGCUGGACAGUGAACCCGAUAGUAGCAAUAUCUCCCCUCCUGAAAAUCUGAAGAAUCCUUCUAAACUUUGUAUUUUCUGGAUGAAUCAGCAUCUCAAGACGUAAACAUAAAAGUUUGCUCAUACUAUACUUGCAAAUAUCGGGACUACUUGUUUAUUUAUUUACUAUCAAAAUAAUUAGGCAAAGUUUACGUUUCCUCUACUGGACAAAGGAUAAUAUCGGUUGCAAAGAUACAAUAUUCGUUUCAUUGAAAAUAUUCAAGCAAAGGAUACCUCUGGUGCAUAUUUCACUUGUGAAUUUUGAACAUUAUUAAGUAAAUAACCUUUUUAUGAACUUUUUGGGACUUUUAUCAAGCUAGCUACAAAUUGAGAAAUAACGUUUCCAGUUCGUAUCGGAAAGACCUCAACUCCUCUCAUUCACUGUCCUGAAUACAGAUUACUGGAAUCGUCGUGCUUUGUUUGCUAAACAUAUUUAUUUUAAACAGUCGUUAUUUUUUUAUUUACUAAAAUGAUGCGGAUGCCCAAAGGCGUUUCUCCUGCGUCUAGUCGAGGUGCUAUAGGGGGACUGUCGUGUUCGCAGAAUAAAGUUUUGUCCGGAGUGAAGACCGAGUUCUUCAGCACCGGGUUACCCAGUCCACCGAUGAACUCGGUACCGGCUGGAUACUUUACCCAAAUAUGCAACACGACAGCGGCCGAACAAAGGGCGAACUGCCUGUAUGCUACCCCCCAUGGACCCGAAGCUAAACCCAUCAGAUCAUCCUCCGGCCGUCUCCCGGCCAAGCGAAAGCUGGACCUGGAGGACCCGCUCUACCUCCCUGACUUCAGGACUCCUAAAGGGAAGGGGAGCACAGCCGCAGCCAGUCAUCCAAGUCCCAAAACGCCCAAGUCUCCUGGUGAGCGGACGCGCUACGACACCUCGCUGGGUUUGCUGACCAAGAAGUUUGUUGGCCUGCUGAGCGAGUCACCUGACGGCGUGCUGGACCUCAACUGGGCCACCGAGGUCCUCGAGGUACAGAAGAGACGCAUCUAUGACAUCACCAACGUGCUGGAGGGCGUGCAGCUGAUCCGCAAGAAGUCCAAGAACAACAUCCAGUGGUUGGUGGGCGGUGUGUUCGAGGGCUCGGCCAGCAGCGGGGAGAAGUCACGUGCCCUGCGACGAGAGCUGGGUGAGCUGGAGAGGGCUGAGAAGGCCUUGGAUGAUCUGAUCACGUCCAGUAGUGCCCAGAUCAAGGAGCUGACCGAACACAGAGACAACCAGCGGCUAGGCUACGUUACCUACCAGGACAUCAGGUCGAUAGCCCGUCUGCAGGACCAGACGGUCAUCGCUGUCAAGGCCCCGUCAGAAACCAAGCUGGAGGUCCCAGAGUCCUCAGGGGGCUCCCAACAGAUCUACCUGAAGAGUAAGAACGGCCCCAUCGAGGUGUACCUCUGUCCCGAGGAGGGCCUGGAGGAUGCCAGCCCCGUCAAGAGCACCACCACCCCCAGGAAAGAGUACUCUCAUCACCCCCUGGGUCACACUGCCACCACCUCUCCAGCCAUGGCACCACCACAGUACACCACCAUCAAACAGGAGGUCAAGCAGGAGCCCAUGGAGGCUGAACUCUCCAGACCAACACCGGUGGUCCCCAACGCCUCCACCAGCAGCAGCACUACCCUCCUUGACGUAGAAGGUCUCCUGGGCCUUCCCCCCAGCAUGCUCCAGAUGACAGAGGACCAGCUCUCGGGACCCGGGUUUACCCCUGACCCCAACGCCCCCUUCGUCAGCUUCUCACCGGCCCUCGACCACGACGACUACCUAUGGGGGCUGGAGGACGGCGAGGGCGUGUCCGACUUCUUCGACACCUACGACCUGGGAGACCUGCUGCGAAGCUGAGAGACGUAGAGAGACUUUGAAUCCUAAAUCAAGCCCUACAUUCUAAUCACUUGAGUAGAUCUGAGAGGGUUGGAUAGGUGUAAAGUGGCACUGGCAACCUUGUCGAGGCUGCUUAUGGUUUAGGGUCUAGCAGUUGAUUUGGGAUUCAGGAAGAGAGGGAAGGAGAGGAGGGAUGGGAGAGGGUAGACUAUCUGCACGAAUAGGGCGAGGAGUUCUUCCCACAUCGCGUGACCUGGAGAAACUUAUUUAUCUAGUUAUAGCUUAGUUGUGACCAUACAAACAGAAUCACUAAAUAGAAUGAAUACAAAUAGUAAUUGACCUGACCAGGAAAACCUCCAGGCCCCAGUUGUAAUAGGAUAUAAGUGGUCAGGGAAAACUCCAGGCCCUAUUCAUGAAGGAGUAGUGUCCUCUGUAGGGGUAUGGGGUAGGGAGGAAAUGUUACACUAUGAAGCCAUCAACUCUUUGCUUUAGCCAUGUCUAUUCCACGUUAAUGAUUUGUCAGAAAAAAAUGGGUCUCUUUGUGUCAAUUGUACAUAUAUUUUUAUACCUUUGUGGUUUGGAAUUCAGAGUAGGGCCUGGAUUGACACUGGUGUGUGUGUUUGUGUGUGUCCCGUUUAUAAAACUCUCAACGUUUUUGUGUUGUGUAUUUGUAUAGCGGACAGUUCGUAUCCAUCACAUUUAAAUUGUAAUGUGUGCUGUGUAAAAAUAUAGACACAACACAUUUUGUAUGCAUAUCUGAUGAGCAAAAAACCCCGCAAAAAACAACUUGGGCAUUUAUGGUAGGGGGGGGGGGGUUAUAAUAACUCUCAGGAAUGUUGUCUUUUCCAGACAAAAUGUUUAUAGUACCACUCUUUGGCCACUAGGGGGCAACAUUGUAUUGACAGCUUAAACUCGCCAGCUUUACAGGGUUGAAUCAUUGUAUGUGAAGCUAAACCAGGGUCAUGUUCAUAAGGAAGAAAAUGUAUAGAACUCGGAGUAAAAACAGGGCGGCACUACCUGAACGUGUCCAAUAAGAACGUAGAUUUUCUUUGUCCGUUGCAAAACGUUUCAAAACGUUGUGCCCUGUUGAACACGACCCAGGUACCAAACAUGGGAGUCUCUGGUGCUAACAUAAUAUGGUGUUUCAACAAGGUGUAGGAGUAUGGGUAAUGUAGUUGUUGGGUAUACCCAAGGCAUUUGUUUAUAUUGGGGACCUGGUCAUUGCCUCCAGCCUUAAGCUUUCUGGACGGUCAGGUAGUGUAAUCUUCUGUGUCCCGUGGCAGGAUGUGUCCACAUCACAUCGUAGAGGUUAGUUAGAAGCUGUUCUGGACCCAUAGCCAAAGACACAGGGGUCGCGUCCCAAAUGUUUUUGACCAGAGGCCCAUAGGGAAUAACGUGCUAUUUGGGAUGCUUCCUGGGUCUUUUUAGUGAAGGAUAUUAUCUACCCAAUCCCUAAUCUAUAUGUCUCUAUUCUAUAUGUGACUGACUACAGUAUCGUGCUUUGCUUGCGAAUCGGCAGCUAGGUUUCACAUCCUGAAGCUUCUCUAUCAAGAUACAUUUGAUAGUGUUUUUUUUUAAUGUAAAUGUUAAGAGACUUUGUAGUAUUGAAUGACUAUAUAUUUCCAAGGAAAUGAUCCAGUAAGGGUAAUAAUAUACGACAACAUCUGGUUUUUAAUGUGUGUUUUGAUUUAGUCAGUCAUUAAGAUUAAAUAGAGGGCAAUCGUCAUAUCCCCCCCUUCUUCUGAAACUAGAUGAAGUCUUUGAUUCAAUGGUGGUUUGUGUGUUGUCAAACCCACACUAGGGAACAAAGAGGACGGUAUAUAUUUUCUCUGUUUUCUUUAGUUAAUGAAGGCUUAGCCCCACGUGUGUGGUAGUUUAAACCUCUGAGAAAAGAGCCAGAAUGGUACCCCAAGGUCAAAGUUGGGUCUCUUUAGACUGAGUUGUGUUCAUUAGGCACCAAACGGAACAAAACGUACUGAAACGCGGAGGAACUAACACUGAUUGUUGUUUUCCAUUGCAGAGGGUUUUAAAACGUGUUCCAUUGUGUGCUCUGAUGAACACCAGUCUAGGAGUUUAAAGGAUUUGGACACAUUUGAGGACUAUUUUAUUUUUUUGUGAAUUGUAUUUUGGUGCAUUUUCUGCCUCUUCCCACAAUGUGGGUUUAAGUCAAUUGUCCUGUCCUAACAAACUUGAAUAUUUUGUGUGUGUGUGUGUGUGUGUGUAAAAGAGUGAGAAAGGUGUAUAUUUUUUAUUAGACAAUUUGAAUACAAUAAUUUAGUUUUUUUGUUUAAAUUGAAUAUUAUUUUUUUGUAACUGUACAGAAUUGAUUUUGUAUUUAUAAUCUUUUUCCUGAAGCAAUUUGGAAAGUUUAAUACUGACCAUUGUUAAAGAGCGACUGUCUCUGAAUGACACGUGGCACUUAAUAUUUUGUAACAUCGGGCUGUGUUUGAAUAAAAUAAAGUAUUGAAGCCAAA